AUGAAUUAAAUGUAACUUAUCAUAUUUGGUUGUUUAAACAAAAUCUCAUUUGAUAUUAGAGUUCAAAUUCGAUGGCUUCUCACUCGAGUCGUGCAGAUCUAUGAUUGCAAUGUUAGACGACGACAGAACCGGCAAAUUGAAUUUCAAUGAAUUCACUCAACUGUGGCGAAACAUCCGUCAGUGGUGUGCAGUAUUCAAAAGACACGACUCCGACGGCAAUAAUAUUAUUUCGGCCCAUGAAUUGAGGGCAUCCUUUCAAGAGGUCGGACUCAACGUCAACCGACAAAUACUCGAGGUUUUGAUCCACAGAUUCGGUGUGUUUCCAGCGAAAAAGGAUAGCAAAGAGAAGGGAUUGUCGUUUGAAGACUUCAUUCAGGCGUCGAUGAAAUUGAAGCAUUCAAUCGACACCUGGAACUCAAAGUCAAAGACAGUACAGACACCGACCCCUUCAAAGACAUUGCCGUUUGCCUCCGGAAGAUAUGCUGCGAAUAAUGCUAUCCAAAGCAACCCGUCUUUCACUCUCGAAGAAUUCGUCGAGAGAAUGAUGUAUUGCUAAACGAUUGACAACUAUUUGUUAAGUAAAAUAAAUGUUAACUCAAAGACUCGUAAGUGAAUGACAAUUGAAGAAUACCUCUUUACUCCUUCUAUUUGGCUAUAAAUGCGAUAAUCACUGACUGCCGUCACAUUUACUCUGCUU